AUGCGCACUAGGAUCCGAAGGACAAGGAACAAGGAUACGCGUAGACGACGCGGUGCCUUUGAUUCGUUGCACGGGCUGGGAAUGACUCCUUUUAUGCGGGAUCGGUUGUUGGAUGAUGACGAGGGAGAUCGUGUAGUUUUGAUGGUAGCAAGCAGUAGAGCAGAAUCUUUGAAAGGCCAGGAUAAUCAGGCACAGGCACAGGCACAGGAACGAAUCAUCGCGAUACGCUGCAAAUGGAACCAAAAUAGUGGUUGCCAUGUAUGUAUGUAUAUUUUUGACCCGAAUCAUGGGCACUUCCCCUCGCCGCACUCCUCCCUCCCUAUCCUUCAAAAUAUCCAAAUGUUCGCUCUAACCAGCUGUCUAAAUUGUGGCGUAACCUGCUUCCCUCGUAUCGAAACUGCACAAUCGCUUCAUACGACAAAGUGGAAACCUGAUUUUGAGAGACGCAGUGAAUAUGCUAUGCUAGCGGCGCUAACUCGCGCUGAAGCUGCUUGGGCUUUGCCUCAGAUAUCCAUUCUCCUCAUGCUAAUCACCGAGUACAUAUCAGAGCAAACAAAUCGCAUCGCCGAAGUCUUUCAGAAUACAUUGGAGGAAAGGCAGAACACAAGGCCGGGGUAUGCUGGGUAUGUUCGGCGGGAAAGGGUGGCACAAGGCGCUUGCCGCAUCGCUCGCUUAGAUGCCGCCGGUGGUAUCAUCCUCGAACGAACCAGAAAAUAG